AUGUCAAGCAAACGCAGGAAAACCUCCCAUUCUGAGGGGGGCCUCAAGGAUGCCUCGGCUCCAACCCUCAAAAAUGAUGUGAAAUCCAAGAAAACGGAAGAGAAACAACUUUCUUCUCAGCCAAAACAACCACCUGCUCCCAGCUCAGAGGCCGACUCUGAGACUAUCGACAAUGGUUCAAAGCAAGGAAAUAAUGAUGCUGCUCCAAAGACAUUCGCCGACCUCGGCAUCGUCGAAUCUCUCUGUGAGGCUUGCGAGCGCCUAGGCUACAAGCGGCCUACCCCUAUCCAGGAGCAAGCAAUUCCUCUUGCGCUCCAAAACCGCGAUCUCAUUGGCAUUGCCGAAACAGGUAGUGGCAAGACCGCUGCCUUUGCUCUUCCCAUUCUGCAAGCCCUUCUUGACAAGCCGCAACCCUUGUUUGCCUUAGUCCUGGCUCCUACUCGAGAGCUUGCUGCCCAGAUCGCCCAAGCAUUCGAAGCGCUGGGUUCCAUGAUCUCGCUUCGUUGUGCUUUGAUCCUGGGAGGAUUGGACAUGGUCCAGCAGGCCAUUGCCCUAGGCAAGAAGCCUCAUGUUAUUGUUGCGACUCCUGGUCGCUUACUGGAUCAUUUGGAGAAGACCAAGGGCUUCAGUCUUCGUAACUUGAAGUAUCUGGUCAUGGAUGAAGCUGAUCGCCUUCUCGACAUGGAUUUCGGCCCUAUUCUCGAAAAGAUCCUCAAGUUUCUACCAAGGGAAAGGAGAACCUUUCUGUUCUCCGCCACCAUGUCCAGCAAAGUCGAAAGCCUUCAACGUGCCAGUUUGCGUGACCCAUUGAAGGUCAGCAUCUCGACAUCGAAGUACCAGACCGUCUCAACCCUUGUGCAGCACUACAUCUUCAUCCCCCAUAUCCACAAGGACACUUACCUCAUCUAUCUGGUCAACGAGUUCGCUGGAAAGACUAUCAUCAUCUUCACCCGCACUGUCCUCGAGACCCAGCGGAUUGCCAUCCUGCUUCGUACCUUGGGCAUGGGUGCCAUCCCCCUACAUGGUGGCCUCUCACAGUCUGCCCGCCUUGGCGCUCUGAAUAAGUUCCGUGCUGGCUCGCGCAAUAUCCUUGUUGCUACUGAUGUUGCUGCUCGCGGUCUCGAUAUUCCAAACGUCGACUGUGUCCUCAACUUCGAUCUGCCGCAAGAUUCAAAGACUUACGUUCACCGCGUCGGUCGUACAGCUCGUGCUGGCAAAUCGGGCCAUGCUAUCAGCUUUGUGACUCAAUAUGAUCUUGAGAUUUGGUUGCGUACCGAGGCUGCACUCGGCUACAAACUCACCGAGUACCCGCUGGAGAAGGACGAGGUGAUGGUCUUCAAGCCGCGCGUUGAGGAGGCUCAACGGAUUGCCAAGAACGAGAUGAAGAAGCUUCAGGAAGAACAGGACAGGAAGAAAAAGAAGAAGAGGAAGGCUGGGUCUGUAUCAGCUCGUGACGAUAUGGACGCCGAGGAAGGUUAA